CAUUAAUUGAUAUCAUGAAAUAUUUAGUACUUACUCUCGCGACGAUUCUUAUUGUCCCACUGGCUGCCCAGUCCUGCCGUUGGUAUGCUAAAAGUACCGACCCCAGCUACCCUUUCUCAGCUACAUUCGAUAUUUCUCCGCUUCGCGGAGAGGACUACCGGCUGAAGGAUCAGUUUGCCUACCAGGAGUCUCGUAAUCUUUCUUACUAUUUCCAGAUUUGCGGCCUUGUGAACGAAGUUCCCAAGCAAAAUACCGGUGUUCCCUGCUAUGGUAAUGGAAGUGAAGAUCCUGUCCAUUACCCUGCAUACCAGUUUUUGAACGAGGGAGAAAACUGCGUCCGUUUGGGAAAGGAUCUUUCGGAAGAGAACGUGCGCUGGAGCUUGGUGGACGCGCAGGACCCAACUGUCGGUGUUGUGUACAGUUACAUCAACGGCGAGGAGCAGGAAUGCGGAGCCAUGUCCUUCGAGAUCGAGCUGGACUGCUGGGAAGAGGAGUACAACGUUCCCGAUGAAGAGACUGUUGCGCAGAACGGCUGCGUGUACCACCUGGCGUUCAACUCGAUCUAUGGCUGCCCCACGGAGUGCGGAGUGUACCGCGGACUGUGCGCCAAGCGAGGCAAGUGCAAGUUCGACACGGAGACGCGCGAGCCGCACUGCUAUUGCCAGCAGGGAUGGACUGGCUAUGCCUGCAAUGAGCGAGGAGAGAACUCUGCGGAGGGAUUCACCAACACCACGCUUCUGCUGGUUAUUGUAUUGGUGCUUCUGAUAGGUGUGGAGCUUGGCGUGAUCAUGAUGUGGGAUAAGGUCAAGAGAUUGCGAUUGGAUCCGUCUGCCUAUGCCAACUUUGCCGCUGCUGAUGAACUUGCUUAAAAUGUUGUUUGAGUUUGUUGUUUGUUGCAGACUCGUGGAACUUGUGGAACUUGUGGAAUUCCUGGGGGGGUGGCAGUGUGCUCAACGCUAUUCCUGUGAUGGGUAAACGAUUUUACAAAGCGAGCUUGCACAAAAUUACAAUAUAAGGCAAUUAUAUGUGUACUCGAUCAUUUUCAAAGUAAUAGCCGUUUCUUCAGUAUGGCUUCAUUCACUCGAUAGUAGAUGAUAAUUGAUACUAUGUUUUAUCAGGAAAAAAGUACUUUAAGCAUGUAUUUCUAAUAUUGUAUAGUUUAGGUAUUAUUAAUUAUUAUGAGAUGUAAAGUAGUUUCUUAAUAAUAUUUAGCAAAUAAUACUAUUUUCACUCUCUUUCUCUCCUUCAACACGUUUCUUAAUAGUCCUUAUUUGGUAAUAAAAUUCCACUUUUACUUAUAUACAAAAUGUGCGUCAUCUAGACUUCAUAUUAUUUUUUGGGGAGUUAAUAAAUGGAACUAAUGCAUGCCCAAGGAAUAGUCAGUGCAAAUCUGGAACAUAUUAGAAAUGGCAAACCCGACAGUGACUAUGAUUCUGUAGUAUUUCAGAAUAUUGGAGAUAACAUACAAGCGUCUGUAUUAUCUGGUUUAAGAGAAGUGGAUAUUCCUAAUUCUUUCACCUCUCCCCCCUUUUUCGCUGAAGUCGUGUAUAGUGAGGUUUUGGCUAUAUCUAUGUCCUAAAUGUAUAUAAAAUCAAAGAUCUGUAUAUUAAUAAGAUAGUAUUUUGCAUUUGA